UACAACGUUAAUAACAUCAAAGUUCAUUAAACUUGUUAAUUAUUUGCGAUCAAUCAUGUUGAAUAUGGCUAUGGUUGUGAUCACAGCAACUCUUGUGAUCUUCCUCAUGUGCUCUUCAUCAUCAGAAGCUAUAUUACAGAAAAGGCUUCAGCUACCAUCGCCACUGACAGGACCAGAGUCACUGGCAUUUGAUUUAACUGGCGGAGGACCUUAUGUUGGCUCCUCCGAUGGACGGAUUUUCAAAUAUAUUGGUCAAGAUGAAGGAUUUAUAGAAUAUGCUUCCACAUCUAGAAACAGGGACAAGACACUCUGUGAUGGCCUUGCUGAUUUCUCAGAACUCCAGGCAACAUGUGGACGGCCUUUAGGAUUGGGUUUCAAUCAGCAGACAGGCGAUUUGUAUGUAGCCGAUGCUUAUUUUGGACUUGUUAAGGUUGCUCCUGGUGGAGAGAAUGUAACACAUAUAUUUGGAUCUGAAAAUGCAUAUGCUACUAGGUUUACCGAUGGUUUGGAUGUAGAUCCUGAAACUGGAAUCGUCUAUUUUACCGAAGCUAGCACAAAUUUUCGGUUCAAAGAUUUCGAGACACUGAUAGACAGUGAAGAUAAAUCAGGAAGCCUACUUAAAUAUGAUCCAAGCACCGACCAAACGACCGUGUUGCUAGGAAAUCUUGCGAUGCCAUCUGGUGUGGCAGUUAGCAGCGACGGCUCAUUUGUUCUUGUUGGUGAAUAUCUGGCAAACCGAAUUCAAAGAGUGUGGCUUAAAGGACCCAAUGCAUUUUCAUCAGAAUUAUUCAUGCCACUUGCUGGAAGUCCAAAUAACAUCAAGAGAAAUUCACGAGACCAAUUUUGGAUUUCGGUGAAUGGUAUUUUUAGGUCACCAAUAUUUCAAAGAAAUAUAAAUUUUCCUACCGGAGUCAAAGUGAGCGAGAAUCGUAUAAUUUUACAGAUUGUGUCUCUUAUUUCUGAGUAUGGUACUGAAUCAGCUAGUGAGAUUCAAGACUAUAAUGGAACACUCUAUUCUGGUUCCCUGCAAGCUUCUUAUGCUACCAUUUUUACCACCCUCUUGUGAAAUGCUUUAAACAUUUACUCACUGCUACCUUUGUAUGGUUAUAUGCUGCAGCUGGAUGUUGUUUAGUGUGCACCUGUGUUUGUGUUUUGGAGUCAUUAAUAAAACUGUGCUAUUUAAAAAA